CUUCACUUCUUCCUCACUUGGUCAGACUACCAAAGUUCAGUGGGAUUUUACCUACUACAGAUUAUAAACUGCUCUCUGUGGGUGUGUGUGGGAUGUUGUGUCAGGGCUAAAGCCCAUCCCUCUCCCAUGAGCCUGUGUGCCCACACACACACCUGGCGCCUCCACGCACACACCCGGCGCCCACGCACGCACAGCCGGCACUGACGCUGUGUACUGGACCCUCGGAGCCCAGCGGAGCAAAGCGGAGCGGAGUCUAGCCCAGUUGGAGCCUGAGGAUGUCAACAGAGACAGAGCUACAGCCAGCGGUCAGGCCCAGCAGCGUCAGACGGGACUCCAAGAGGAAAGGGCAGGAUCGCAGCGAGGCGGCUCUCAUCAGGCGUUUUAAGGGCGAUGGCGUCCGCUACAAGGCCAAGCUCAUCGGCCUGGACGAGGUCACUGCCGCCCGUGGAGACAAACUCUGCCAGGACUCGAUGAUGAAGCUCAAGGGUAUAGCUGCAGCAGCACGGUCAAAAGGAGAACACAAACAGAAGGUGUUUCUGACCAUUUCCUUUGGCGGGAUCAAGAUCUUUGAUGAGAAGUCAGGGGUCCUCCAACACCACCAUGCGGUCCAUGAGAUCUCCUACAUUGCCAAGGACAUCACAGACCACCGAGCCUUUGGCUACGUCUGCGGGAAGGAAGGGAACCAUCGCUUCGUGGCUAUCAAGACCGCACAGUCGGCUGAGCCUGUGAUUCUGGACCUGCGGGACUUGUUCCAGCUCAUCUAUGAGAUCAAGCAGAGAGAGGAGAUGGAGAAGAAGGCCCAGAAAGAUAAGCAGUGUGAGCAGGCGGUCUACCAGACAAUACUGGAGGAGGAUCUGGAGGACCCGGUCUACCAGUACAUUGUGUUUGAGGCGGGACACGAGCCCAUCCGUGACCAAUCAGAAGAGAGCAUUUAUCAGGUUCCCACCAGUCAGCAGAAGGAAGGGGUCUAUGACGUCCCAAAGCGACACCCAAACGGACAGCAAAACACUCCCCACCACCAUCAUCAUCAACCUCAUCAUUAUCAUGCUCAGCCCUUUCAACAAGAGCAAACUGAACACCAGCAGCAGCAGCAGCAGCAGCAGCAGCAGGCAGUGGCAGAUCUGAUAGACUUAGACCUGGAUAUGGUGACUCAGAAUAUCAACCAAUUAGAGAUUUUUGGAGACAUGUCCACACCACCUGACAUUACCUCUCCAUCGACCCCCGCCUCUCCAGCCAACACCCUCGACCCCUCGCAGGGCCUGCAGCCUCCCACGGAACUGUUUGCUCCCUUCAAUCCUGCGUCUGUGCCCUCAGGUUAUGUGACGAUGGGAGCAGUGCCCCCCGGCCACUGGUCCCAGCAGGCAUUUGCUGCCCAGACACCGCUGGCCUUCGGGGUCCAGUCUCCUUUAGGUCCGGUAGCCCAGGUGCUGCCAGGUGGCCAGCCUCUAAUCUGGGGCCAGGCCAACAUCUUCCCUGCCACCCAGCAGCAAUGGGCAGCAAUGGCAGCCGGAGCCUUCCCCCCCACAGCCUACCUCCCUGCCCAACCUGUGGGCACUCUGCCGGCCGCCAUGUUCCAGACUCUCACCCCUGUCACAACUGUGACUCCGGCUGGCGAGAGCCAUUCAGGUGCUGGAGCCAGUGCUUCAGCGCCCUCCCCUUCAGCGUCGUCAAGUCCGCAGCACGGGGAGAGGGCGAGGAAGAUUGGCAAGGAGAUGUUCAAGGAUUUUCAACUGGCGAAGCCUCCGGCCAUGCCGUCGAAAAAGGGUGAGCAGCCCAACUUAGCAGGAACCUCAGAGGCAUUCAGCACUUACUUCAGCCGUGUGGGCACUGCCCAGGACACGGACGACUGUGACGACUUUGACAUUUCUCAAAUGAAUCUGACACCAGUCACCUCCACAACACCAUCCACCAACUCACCACCCACCCCAGCUCCCAGGCAGGGCUCUCCCUCCAAGUCCUCAGCCUCUCAUGUCAGUGAUCCCCCCACCGACGCCACAGACCCCCCCACAGACGAUUCAUUUGGGGAAGCAGAGGGCAGCCCUAGUCGCAGUGGAGAGGAAGAUGCUGCGUGUGGUUCUGGGUCGCCCUGCCCCAGUGAGACAGCAGAGCCCAGCCCAGACCAGGCCAGUCCAGAGGCUGGGAGCUAGAUAGCAGCAGGGCAGGGUAGGUAUCAAUACCUCUCCUCCCCUCUAACUCCUCCUCCUUCACCUCCCUGCCCUUGUACCUCCCACUCACAUCAAUCCAUCUGAUCUCUUCUGUGUGCUACAUCUUUUUUCAUCUUUUCCUUCCUCUGUUGCAUCUUAGUUCUCAUUUUCACAGUUUUUCUUCAUUCCUCCUUCACCUGCUGUCACGCAUGCUCAAAGGAAGGCAUGUGUUUGACUUUGAGUGGUUUCUCAUGUGUGUGAUUGUGCAUGUAUGAGUAUUUGCUUGUGUUUCAUUUUGUCUGUUGGUCAUUUUUGUUGUAGCUGGAGUUUCGUAAGCAUCUAUCGAUCAUGAUGUGGCAUUGCGUGUGUUUUUAAAUCAAGGUGGGAUGAGUAAAUCACGCAUGAUCACUUUGGCCAUACCGUUCUGUGCCCUCAUUGUGCCGUGUGUUUGUGACGUGUACCUAAAUCACGCCCAGUUCCUUAAAUAGCACACAUCUCACUGAGAAAGCCAAUAGCGUGCGACAGCCAAUCAGAGUCUGUGCACUUCAGUGAACAGGACGUCUUCUGGGAUUUGUCAAUGUUGUGCACAAUAUGCUGAUCUUGGAUGUUUAGC